CACUACAGCUGAAACUUCAAAAUGGCUGCUGCAGACAAAAAUUUUAUUGGUUUACUAAAUGGCUUAGCAAGGAGAACGUAUUUUGCGGAAGAAGACAUAACAAAUGAUUUUUUAAAGCAAGAACUCUUUCCAGACUUAUCGCAGGAGGAAUUCGAUGCCUUGCUAAAGAAAUGCGAUGGUUUAAUGAAAAAUAUUGUAGCAGCCGAUAUGGAUUCUAAUCAAUUGGAGGCUUUCUUGACCUCACAGACAAAGAAGCGACAAGGUGCGAUCACUGAUGGUCAAUCUGCUGCAAUUGUGAAGUUCUGGAAGUCCCAAAAGAGCAAAAUUCAUGAUGUAUUAGUGGACAAAAGCCGAUGGAACGAUAAACUAAAAGACCUAAGUUGGAGAAUAGAUUUUAAAAGUCAGGCCAGACAUGUCAGUCAGUUGAAUACUCCUGUUGCUAUCGUGGAAAUGAAAUUUCAAAAUCCUAGAAAUGAAGAGGAUAUUAACACAAUGCAUUUUGAAAUGGAUGAAAAGCAAUUGACAAAUGUGAUACAAAGCAUUGAAGAUAUUGAGAAGCUUAUUGAGGUUUAUGGAAAAUGAGAAGUUCUGAUUUAUAAGCAG